CCAUUGCAAUAACACAACACAAGCUGGCAGUGUGAGGCACGAGAAGGUAGCUGCAACUUACUAGGGCUCGUUGCCUUUGUGCCCCGCUGCCAUAGGCGCAAAUGCCCUAUGCGACUAUCUGUUAUCGUUGAUGUGGCUUAUCGUUUAGCAGAGCAACUUUGGGCACUCACAGAGGCGUGCUUCGCGCGCUCAGCUUCCCACGACGCGGGCCUAGAAGAGCCGAGCACCGUCGCGCAGCGUCUGCAAGCGUUCUGCGGUGCCCUUACACCCGCUGUGGCAGUUUGUACGUUGUUGGCGGUGGCAUCCGCGGGGCUAGCAGCAUCCGCUAUCCAGCGCCCACGGCGGGGCCCCGUUUCCCCGCGGCACUCCGCACGAGGGCCUGCUAUCCCUGCAUCGGCCUUUCUCCACAGACCACUCUCAUCCUCGGCCUCGGCUGCUCAUUCGUCUUUAGCGGCGUCGGCGGAGUCCGCGCCGGCCACCGCGGCAGCAGUAGCAGCAAGCACACGAUCUUCAUCCGCAACAACUGUAGCAGCACCAGCAGCAGCGCCGGCAGUAGCAGCCAGGCAUGAGCUGCCGGCGGGCCUGCUGACUCGGCGCUACUGCCAGGCGAGGCUGGGCAUGAAGAGCUUCAGCGGCCUGUGGGGUGGGCUGGCGGCGGCCGCCGGCGUCGCGGGCUCCGGCGGCGUGACUGCCAAGGAGGCGCACAAGGCGCAGGCCAGGGCGCGCGAGAAGCUCAAGGGAUACCAUGAGCUCGCAAAGGAGGCGUUCGACCGGGCUGCCGCCGCGGACGCCGCCGCGCGGCCCGAGGUGGCGGUGCGGCUGUAUCGCACAGGGCUGGAGGCGGCCAGGGAGGGGCUGGCGCUGCAGGUGGGCCCCUCGGCGGGCCUGGGCCCGCUGGCGGACACGGCGGCGGGCUGGCGGGCGGAUCUGGAGGAGUGGUCGCGGCUGGUGGCGGCAAGGCUGCGCGCGCUGGAGUCAGGCAAUGCCUCCACCUCCGCACCCGUACGUCCCGUGUCCGUUGCACAACAACGAGCAGCCCAACAACAGCAACAGCAGCAGCAACCACACUCGGCGGCGGCAGCCAACGGGAGACCUUGGCGGCCUGUCUCCGCCGCCGGCGCCGCGCCAGCGGCGGCGGCGGCGGCGCAGCCGCUCCGGUCCGUCAACGCCGCCAGGCAGCCCGCCGCCGCCGGCGCAGCCGGCGGCGGCGGCGGCACCGCCGCCGUGGUCCGGCAGGGCAGCGGCGGCGCAGCCGCCGCCCGAGCCGGCGGCGGAGCCGCCGCCGCCGCCGCAGACGACGGCCUGGCCAAGUACCGUGAGAUUGUGUUGGGUGAGGUGUUGGAUCGGACUCCGGGGGUGCGCUGGGCGGACAUCGCCGGGCUGGAGACGGCCAAGGCGGCGCUGAGCGAGGCGGUGGUGCUGCCCAGCCUGAGGCCGGACCUGUUCCAGGGGCUGAGGGCGCCGGUGCGCGGCAUACUGCUGUACGGGCCGCCAGGCAACGGCAAGACCAUGUUGGCCAAGGCGCUGGCGGGAGAGGCCAAGACGACCUUCUUCAACAUCUCCGCCUCCUCGCUGACAAGCAAGUGGGUUGGCGACGGUGAGAAGCUGGUGCGGGCUCUGUUCGAGGUGGCGGCGGCGCGGCAGCCCGCACUCAUAUUCAUUGACGAGAUUGAUAGCAUGAUGGGCGCAAGAGGCAAGGCCAACGAGAGCGACGCCAGCCGCCGGCUGCUCACCGAGUUCCUGGUCCAGUUCGACGGCGCGGGCGGCGCCGGUCGCGAGCGGGUGGUGGUGCUGGGCGCCACCAACCGGCCUCAGGAGCUGGACGAGGCGGUGCGGCGGCGGCUCACCAAGCGCAUCUACGUGCCGCUGCCGGACGCCGCGGGGCGCCUGGCGGUGCUGGCCCACCUGCUGCAGGGCCAGCCGCACCGCCUGAGCCGCGGCGACCUGGACGUGGUGGUUCGCGCCACCGCCGGCUACUCCGCCUCCGACCUGGCGGCGCUGUGCAAGGAGGCGGCCAUGGCGCCGCUGAGGGAGCCGGGCGUCAUGGCGCGACUGGCCUCGCUGCCCGCCAGCGAGCUGCGGCCCAUCAUGGGCCGGGACUUCGCGGCAGCGCUGGACGUGGUGCGCCCCUCCGUCAACGCCGCCUCCCUGAGAGCCUUCGAGGACUUCACCCGCGAGUACGGCACGCAGUAGGCAGCAGGCAGUAGCAAGCGGCAGCAGGGGGAAAGCAGAAGUGGCAGUAGCAGCAGGCAACAGCAGCUGUUGGGUGGGCUGUGAACAUGGUGCAUGUGCCAAAGGGGCAUGGGAGAGAGUUUGGCAGUAGCAGGCUGGGCGCUCGUGGGAGUGUCCCGCUGUCGGGCACUCGGCUCCUCUUCCGCACCAGACACCAGGCCUGGUCAGCUGGCGUGGAUCCGGGAGCAUGUCGGGGGACUCGGGGCUGGUCGGAAUUCGCACUGGACCCAGUUGGCUCGCCCCCCAAAGGGGGGCGACAGCCAUAGUCCUCGGCAAGAACCUUACAUUAGGGUUCUGUCCAGUUUUGCGCUUUUUGGUAGAACAUGGACAAGAAUAGAGGCUGUAACAGAGUAUUUGCCAAGUGCAAAAACCCUUGAAGGCAUGCGACACAGAAAAACUAGUAUGUAAAGUGCACCGUCC